AUGGCUAGAGACAUUGUCAGAUAUGGCCCAGUCGCGCCCUCAAUGGCGCUCGUGCAUCCAAGCUAUUGCCUUCAAUGCAUAGCUCCUUGGCCAACCCCCCCCCCCCUUGACAGCCCACUGCACCUCAAUCCGGGGAAACACUCAAAGCACUCAAUAACGCCACCAUACCCGACCGUUACCCCAUCCCAUGGUCAUGUGCUACGCAUGCCGAAACACCAUCUACCGAGACAAGUGUUGUUCUCCGUGCCUCCUUCAGGAUGGCGCAAAUCGCGAGGUGGACAGCAUAUGACUUGGCAGAAAGGCGUCAAAGAGAUCACGAAGAGUUUGGGUGCCGUUGGUGUUGUGCGACUUCCAGGAUUGGGUUCCCGUGACCCCGUCUGUGCUUGGCUGGAGACGUUGCAAGAAAUGGCGGCUAAUCGACGUCAGUGGCGUUCGUGCUGUCAGUUUCUUUCCAGAAUGUCUGAUUGA